UCUUCAUUAUCAUCAUGUCCCACCAUCCUCUCAUCUCUCCCCUAUCCAUUCUCUCUCUCUGUCGGCCAUCCCUCAAGGAAGAAGAAAGGAGACUCCAUCUCCAUUGUUGAGCUAAGAAAGAAGAAGGAGAAAUAGAAGAAGUAUCAAGGUUCCCAAAAUCCUGAGCAUAAAACAAUCAGUCCACUUGUGAGUCAAUUCUGAAAUUUUCCGUUCAUUUUAUCAAAAUGUUUAUUAUACCAAAGUUGUAGCCCCGGACAAUACAAAUCCAUCCCAACAAACGGCUCGCGAUUUCGUUGAGUAACGAAGAAGAUAUGGCCAAAAUACCGGGACUGCGCCAGUGGUGGCGAGCUCCUCGGGUUGGACCAUUUUCUUCACCAAAUUCAUAUUGUUUCAUUCCAAGAACAUACCAUAAACUCUCUAACACUUAUUAGGAACAUCCUGAAUUUAUCGUAGAGAAGGUUCGGCGUUAGAAUAUUGGAGUUAAUGAGAUAAUCGUCGGAAUCGUUGUUCGUUAGAACAUCCAAAAUCCUGGCAGCAACUAUGAGUCCACUUGUGAGCUAUAUUUGACCACUUUAAACACAUUAUGUUAACAUGGUUUCUUCACGAAAGUUGUAGCCUUACGUCUUAGGAAUCCAUAAAAUCAAACGGUUUGCAAUUCCGUGAAGAAACGAUGGAGAUAUGCUCAAAAUACCGCAGGCUGUCCAAUUGUGACGGGAAUGACAAAGUUGGUGAAUUUCGAUGUUGUUUCCACUCCCGCUCAUCCGUAAGGUUUCGGCCGAUGAUUUCCAGGUCUGUACCUUUGCGUUAGACUUGUCGAAUCAUUCAUCACAUACGUACAUGAACAUAUAUGUUAAUCCAUAUGUUGAAAUCAUCCCAAAAUAUAUAUGUGACACAUAUAUUAGUCAUCUUUGUGUUAAGACCAAAAUAUACCAAAUCCAUAAAG